UACUAUAUAGGCUAGAGCAUCGAUAUUAGACGCUAUUUGAAACGCUGUGUAUACCAGUAAAAAAAUUUCGUUACUCGACACGUUACAUAACAAUUGUCAUCUGAUCUUCGUGUUUUUCAGGAAAGAAGCGGAUAAGCACAAUUUUGGCCUUUUCUAUAAACCUACAAAUUUUUUAUCAGGAGGCAUGCACCGCAACAUAGUCUAGGUAGUAAUGUGCACUGAAAUCAUAAUCCAAAUUAAAUAGGACCCGGGAAUAUAGGAAAGCCAGCUUUGAUUAGAAAAUACCAGUUGAAUAGAUCAUCAACCUUGUGAACCUUACGAGAAGUGGUCUACAUGUAUAUAUUGACACCAUAGCAUUAAUGUUUUUCAUGUUUUGAUGCAUCGAGAAUAUCGGACUAUAAUGUAGGAUCGAAGAAUAUACAUUGGACAUUAGCUAUUUCAUAUCAGGACUGUGCUGAAUUAUUUCGUUUCUUGUUUUCCUCGGGAAGAAACUUAAAAAAAUUCUGAUUUAAUGCAAUGCUGGAAUACACAUUUUAUCUCUAUAAAGUCAAUUGAGCAACAAGAUUUCAUGACCUUAUCCGGAUACGGACUUUCUGCUGGCCCUGCAUCUUCUGAAUAAAUAAAUAUUUUCUUGUGGGUGCAUGUGACCUCUUGAUAGUGUAUUUUCAUACUCUUGGACUUCAAGUUGAUGACGCAAAAACCUGAACACUUUGUUCCUCCCUCGGCGGAUUAGCUAUUUUGAAAGCCUACAUUCCUUCCGUGUUAUGUCAUACUUCAAACUCGAUUUUACAAUCAUGGAAUCUGACCCUGACCUCAGUUCAACUAAUGAACUCAGUGAUGAAGAAGAAGCUGAUACCCUUCUGGAUCGCAUCCCACCUCCACCUGUUGACAGGACACACAAGGCCCGAGAAGGAAGCAGAGUCAUCAAACCAAAGGAGCGGAAGCAUAUCUUGAUUGCACUUGUAACAGUACUUGUCUUCACCACACAGUUUGCCUGUAGAGGAUACCUGACAGGGGUUCUCUCCACUAUCCAGCAUAGUUUAGAUAUCUCACAAGCAGAAGCAUGGCUUAUUGAUAUAGCCUUUGAUUUUGGCAUCAUCAUUGGGAUUGCCUUGUUGCUAUCCUGCAGAAGAUGUGUCAACCGACCCCGUUGUGUCGCUGGUGGGGCGUUUCUGAUAGGCGUUGGUCUCUUUGCUUCGUCUGUGCCUUACUUUAUGCUUCAUCCAUCUCCUGCUUGGUUGAAAUCACCUGGUAUCUCUAAAGUACCUCAGUAUGAACUGUGUGAUCUUGGUAAGGUGCCAGACAGUAAUCCUGUUGAUAAUGAUGAUGAUGAAACUCUUGAUUACAUCAAGAGUUUGAGUGGUAAGGAGUUGGCUAUCAUAUGUGGAAUGUUUGUUGCUGGUUUAGGAGCAGCUCCUCAGUGGGUCUUUGGUGUUCCCUAUCUUCAAGAUCGUACUCAGAAGCAUCCUAUCGUGAUUGUUACUUUGUACACAAUAGGAUCGCUGUUAGGCCGUUGGACUGGAAGUCUUUUAUCUUUUAUCAUUGAGCAUAAGACAGAACCAAUGAGCUCAUAUGGUGCUAUAUCAAGAUGGUGGCUUGGAUUCCUUUUGCUUGGUCUAAAUGGUUUCUUGACUGCGCUCAUUCUUGUGAUGUACAAUGAUGUACCAGAGGGCGGUGGCUCAAAGACAACUAGGAAUGGACGUCACACUAGACUGGACAGUGAAUCUUCAACCCACGGCAACAAUGACCAAUCAUCAGCCAUUGGAUCACCUAUGGGGACACCUGAUCAGAAUGAUAGUUUCUACUAUAUGCGUUUGGAUGAUGCUGGCAACAUGCCUACAAGCUCAAGACACUCACACAUCGCUGAAGCCUGUUGCACUGUGUACAAGCAGAGUAACUUAGUCUUGUUGUGCAUAGCAACAAGUUUUGAGGCGGCCAUUUUGACAGGUUUCCUGGUCUUCCAGCCUAGGUUUUAUGGCAUCGUAUCAGGCAUUGGUAUAUUUGAUGCAGAAUUCUACUUCUCAAGUGCAGUACUGAUGGGUGUUAUCAUUGGUGUAAUCAUCGGUAUCAUAGCUCUGGUUGUGAUGAAACCCUCUAUCUAUCACAUGUGGAGAGUAACAUGGAUCAUGUGUUUAGUUACUAUGGGUAUCAUGUGGGUUCUGUUCCUCUAUAGCUGUGAUGAAGCACCUGUUGAUGCAUACAGAGAGAGUCCUGGUGAACAGACCAAGGCUGAUGAUCUAUCACAGUGGAUUGACCUCAAUCAAACUUGUUCUGAUCAGUGUAACUGUCCAAAUCAAAUAUGGCAUCCUGUUUGUGGUUCAGAUCAUGUGACCUACAUCUCUCCCUGUCUGGCUGGUUGCCAGUCUUUAACUGGACAAGCAAAAUUUAAUUUCACCAACUGUAUUGGUAUUGAAGGAGAUAAUGGAGUGAUGGGCAGUGCUACUAGUGACCCGUGUCCAGCGGAUUGUAACCCUCUUUGGUCUCAUCUACUAGCAGUCUUCUUUAUCUUUCUUUUAACUGGAGUCAACUUCCCUAUCAUUCUGCUUCUCAUUAUCGGGACCGUUAAGGUUCAUAAACGAAGUCAAUCACUCGCUAUGUUGGUCAUCAUGUGGCAUCUUCUGGGUGUGUUACCAUCAAUUGGCUACUUCAGUGCUGUUCUUGGUCAAGCUUGUUCUCUCUGGCAAUCUGAUCAUGAGUUUAGCGGUCAGCAUUACACGGACUGUCUUAUGUAUCAUCCUGAAAAACAUCAUUUCUUCUUUAUCUCAUUGGUUCUCUUUCUCAAGGCUUUUGCUCUUGUAUUCUAUGGGAUCUCAUUCAGAGUUACAUCAAGAUUGAAGCAAGAUGAAGAUGAUAUAUCAGGCAACCGUGAUUGGAUCGGUUAUAAUGGUGAGAGAGCGAGCGUUGAGCUUGGUAGGAUUGAUCAAAGAGGAAAUUCUCCUGCUUUUAUUUAACCAAACAACGUCUUUCACUUUCAUUUUAAUAGUGGAAAUAUCAUUCCUAGUUGAACAUAUGGAAAACCCAAAUUGAAAGGAGUCUUGGAUUUGAUUACUUGUGAUGUGAUCCUCUUGUUUUGAGCAAAACAAUUUUGUAAUCAAGCAGCACCUCAGUCUAGACAGGGGAUAACUGUUUUUUAUACUCUGGAAAAGCAUUAUAUAGAUCUUAUUUUUUUCAUCAUCAUUAGUAUAACAAUAUAUUUUUGUCAUGUUUUGACCUAUACUUUUAAACAUUGACUUUAUUUGGUAAAUUUUUCUAGAUGUCUUGUAAUGCAGGAGGUGAAUAGAACUUGAUAAGAAGGAAAUAAAAGGAAAUUGGGUAUUAUUUUAUAUAACAGGUUGACGGCAUUUAUAAUGUAUCAUGCUCUGGUAGUUACCAUACAAGGGUUUUUGCUUUUCAGCCUAUCAAAACCAAUUAUUCUACUUAAAUUGUCCAAGUUGACAAUUCAUUUAGUGCUGAUAAUUUUUAUAAAUUAGCGCUGAUGAUUCACAGUUUCAAUAUUAACUGAAAAAAUCAAGACUCUUGGGAACAAUUAUGUGGAUUUGGGUGUAAUAUUACUUGUGUUUUAAACAAGGCCAAUUUUGCAUUGUAUGUAAGUAAUAAACAUUAAAUGAAGUGUAAUUGGAACACACUGGGCCAUUACUUACAAAGAAAGUCACUAUUCAUCUGAUCAAAUACAUCUAUGGACAGCCUGCAAUGCCAAUAUCUGCAAAUGCAUGUUUGUUCUAAGAUUUUUCUAAACAUAUGUAAUAAAAAAAACUCAUGAAUGCAUCAUUGUUUUAAUUGAUCUAUGUUUCCGUGUUUCUGAAGAGACAUUGUGUAUAUCUCCUCUUUGAAGAAUUAUGACAUUGCUGAAUUUUCAUAAUUGAGAUUAAUUGAAUCAACACAACCCUUUGUGAUACCGGGCCCCGGUAUCCAUCUUGUCUGAGACCAUAUCACAUUGUAAGGUUACUCAACACUAAAUAUGAAGUUAUCAUCAAAUGCUAAAUAUGAGUGGAACAUGCCUGAUUGCUGAUUGCUUUUGUUGCAAUAAAUUGGUGUGAAGUUAUAAGUAUUUUUUUUCCAAGAUCAUAGUCAUGACCUUUGCUUGAUUAUUUUGUCUGCAUUUAUGAAGGUUUUUAUAUUAUAAUGAACAUUCAUUCCCUUUCCACCUACAUGUAUCCUUUGUGUCUUUCGUUGAAGUAAUCAUUGUUUUAUUUCUUUCAGAAUUUCAUGAUCAUUUUGUCAUUUAUCUCAUAUUUAAGUAUUAUUUCUAACAUAUUUUAAUCUUUUAAAUGAUGUUGUUUUUCAAAUGAACAUGUGGAUAUAACUAUGAGUCUUGGAUAUUUCAUUCCCGUCGAAGCAACAUUUUGUCAACUCCAUUAUAUUUAAAUCUUGUUUUGUACAAUGUUUUCAGUUUUAUCUUCUUUCUUUCUCGUUUGAUAUCAUGCCAAAUAUCCUAAUCAGUUCAUUAUCUUCUUAAUCAUGUAUUAUCUGCAAUCAAUCACAUUCAGACUUUGUGCUUUCUUUUACAUCUUAUAAUUUGAAAAGUUACAUGUUAAUAACGAGUUCUCUUUUAAUGUUUGGUAAAAUUUUUGUGGUCAUUGUUUACCUGUAUAGAUUACAUUAAUUAGGAAUUUAUGAUACUUUGUAAUAUAUUUUAUGCUGGUUUGAUUAAGUGUUGUAUUUACAUUUUUCAUUCAUAUAGACAUCAGUUAUUUUCCAAUGAUCCUGCAUUACUUUUAAACAUUCUAUACAACUUGAUCUAAUCAUCUUAAAAAUAAGGGUGUGUUUAUGCUUCCAUUGCGAGGACAGAAUCAGCGAUUUCAAA